UAAGUCCUUUACAGCGUCAGGUACUGCGUUUGGCUGAAUUAGUUAGACUUUGAGGAAGUCGGUAAGGUUAACUAAUACUGUAACAGGUGUAAAGAAAAUGUAGACACGCAGCCAGUGCGUCUUAUCUUUUUUUUCCCUUAGUUUUUUUUUUCUGUGCAUGGGAGCGACAUUUAUAAACUUGAUAUAGUACUUUAAGCUAGCUAGCUAACACCGAGCUAACGCCGACGUCUCAGCGUCAACUUCUGUCAACUUUGUUCUGCCAGUCAGUCUCAUCUGCUACUUGACUACUUCACAAAAUGAAGGACUGCCGUCGCUUGCCCACAGUGUCUCAAUGAAUGUUUUACACACGGAUAUCUUGGAUUUGCUCAGCUAAGGGCUGACCUAGAAACUUUCUCCAAGAUUUUCUCUUGGAUAGUUUUUAUUAUAUUAUUUUUAAUAUUACUGGCAGCAGGAUAUCGUUUGCCAGGCGUCCGUUUGGGAACGUAAAUUACAUAAACAAUGUUUCCUGCCAAAGUCACGAAACCGACCUUCAAGUGUUAUCUCCCUCCUGCUCAGACUGAUGUGAAGAAUACAGUUGAAAAACCUCUUAAAAAGUUGGAGGCAAAGUUGCUUUCAGGUGAGAUAGUAGUUAAUGAGGUGAACUUUGUGAGGAAAUGUAUCAGCACUGAAAACAACCAAGAAGGCCUUUGGGGGAAGCUGAUAUGUACCAACUUUAAGGUGUCCUUCAUUCCUCAGGACACUUCACCAAAGCAGAAGUCCACGUUGUCCCACCUGCUGCUCGGAGAGCAUGACAUCCCCCUGACCUGUCUGGAGCAAGUAGUAACAGUGAAUGAUACAAAGGGGAAGAAGAAAGUAUUGGGCUCCAACCAGAAGCUAAAGUUCAACCCCACUGAGCUCAUACUGUACUGCAAAGACUUGCGCGUGAUACGGUUCUGUUUUGACGAAGCUGGACCUGAAAGCGCCAGAAAGGUUUGCCUGGCUAUUGCCCACUACUCUCAUCCAGCUGAUCUUCAACUGCUGUUUGGCUUUGAGUAUCAAGGACGGCGAUACCAUGAAUCUAAAGAGGAACGAGUCAAUGGUUCCACCCCGAGAGGAUUACAGACCCCCAUUUUUGACCGUUCCUCUGAUUGGGAUCGGGAAAUCAAGAGAACGAAUGCUUCAGAGUGGAGAGUGUGCUCCAUCAACCAGAGUUAUGCCGUCUCAUCAAGUCUUCCAGAGCACAUUGUAGUCCCGUCAUCUCUGACAGAUCAAGAUCUGAUGCACUAUGCAUCAUCAUUCACUGAUGGUCGCAUCCCUAUGUGGUGCUGGAGUCACUCCAAUGGGAGUGCUCUUGUCCGGAUGUCCACCUUAACUGAUCCAUUACAGCAAAAGAAGACUGAGCAGAGAAUCUUUGCCGCUAUCACAAAAAGCCACCCGCAGCGCAAUGAACCGUUUAGAUCGGAUCUGGACAAGAGUCUGCCUUCUAUCCUGGACAUCCAGAGUGCAUUUGUUAAACUGAGGCAGAUAUGUAUCCUAGAUCCGUUUGAGGAGUCUGAGGAGAGGUGGCUUUCAACCAUUGAAAACUCUCGAUGGCUUGAAUAUGUCAGGGCCUUUUUAAAACACUCUGCUGAGAUGGUCUAUCACUUAGAGGGAGGGAAUUCCUCUGUCAUUCUUCAAGAAGAGGAAGACCGAGACCUAAACUGUGUAGUAUCCGCAUUGAUGCAGCUCAUGUUGGACCCUCGCUAUCGCAGCCUCAUUGGCUUUCAGAGUUUGGUGCAGAAGGAGUGGGUGAUGGCUGGCCAUCGCUUCUUGGACAGAUGCAACCACUUGAAGAAAAAUGACAAAGAGGAGUCCCCACUGUUCCUAUUGUUCCUGGACUGCGUGUGGCAGAUGAUGAACCAGUACCCAGCAGCGUUUGAGUUCACAGAGACCUAUCUGACAGUACUGAGUGACAGCAUGUGGAUCCCACUGUUCAGUACUUUCCUGUUCAGUUCAUCCAAGCAGCGUGCCCAGCACUUGAUGGACUUUGCCAAGCACAAAGCCAUCCCUCAAGGAGAAGACCAGGUUGUGUAUUUCCCUCCAGUUUGGGAGUGGUCACAGCAGUUCUCAACUAAAGAUCAAACCCUCUUUAACAACCCCAUGUAUGUAGGCAAAGGAGCUGCCUGUGUUCAGAACGGUGAAGUGAAAACCUUCAAACGCAAGCAGAAAGCCUAUAGUUCCACAUUACGAGGGACGCCCACAAAUCUGCGUAAUGGGGUAAAGGGUGGGGAGGAGACCCUGACCCGACGAAGCUCUCUAGCUAACGAGUUGAAGUCUGAGCUGACACCAGUGAAAGACGAAAGUCCAUCUGAGCGCUUCUUCAAGGACUGGUUCUCUCGACCCGCUGACCUGCAGGGCCUGCUGAUUCCCUUGCUCAUGCCCUCUCAUAUGGCUUUUUGGAAGCUCUUCUUUCUCCGUUGGGUUCCUGAAGCCUGCAUCUCCAAAGGAGGCCCAGUCACCACCUACCACAAGCUCUCCCAGCUGGUUGAUGAAAUUGAGAUACUGCAGAGCCAACUCAGGCAAUAUAAGGGAACCAGUCCAGGCAACACACCACUCACAAGCUCAGGUGGAAACCCUACAGACCAAAGGAGGAUGUAUUUUCAAGCCAAUUCUCCUGAUGACCCCUCUACACCUCCAGAAUACCUUACAUCUUCCUUUCCUUUCACCCCAACGGGCAACCUUUCCCGCCGCACUGUCCAAGGGACUCCCAUUAGCAAAUUUCUGAAUGGUGCAAGGAUCUGGCUCUCGACAGAGACUCUUGCUAAUGACACCGUUUGAGGAUGUGGGACUCACUUUUUUGAGCCUAGUGCAGGUUUUUCUAACAACUAAUCAUCUUAUUUUCUCUUACCUCUUUCUUAAAUACCAAGAACUAAACUUAGAAUUAGAAAUAUAUGCCAUUUUGGACUUAUACUGAAUUAUUUAUAAGCUAGAACUUGCGCCAUUGAUGCUGCAUCCAAAUCUGAGGUAAUUUCUAGAGUAAUGUCUGUAGCACUGAAAAAUACAGUUGAGGAAUUCAGUCUAUUAAGCACAUCAUUAUUGGCCUUACCAUGAGCUCUUGUAUGACUGUGAAAGAUCAUAACUUUUAAGAUGGAUGUAUUUUUAUUUUUUGUCAUCCAUCUACUUAAAGAGUGCUUUUUAAUACACCUUUUCUGACAUUUACCUCUGAUUUACUGUAUGUUUUAAAGCAAUAAUGGAAUGAGCUAUAUUUGUGAUAGUGCUAUGAGUUAAAUUGUUAUUUCUUUGGAUUCUUAUUGGUCAAUAAGAUGUCUCACUGAAAUGGAGUAAUGUUAUAUGAACUUUAAAGAAAAAUUGCCCAUUUUGUGUUGCAGCAGCAAUGAUGCUUUUCACUGAACACUGACUUCCAAGUAGUCAAGUUGCUUGUGCCUUCAUGGAGAUUUAAUUGAAGAUUUUUUUUUUAAUUUAUAUUUCAGAAAGAGGAACAGAAAAUAAUACUGCUAACAUGUAUUAUACGUCAAAAAAAAAGAUCUGCCCUGGUUGAAUGUAAUGGUUUUUUUGUUUUGUUUUUCCUCUUGCACAAACUUACUGCUGUUUGCUACAAGUGCCCAUAUUUUAAGGGUUGUUUUUGUUUUUGGGUUUUUGCGAUUGGUAGCAAAUGGUGUGAUUUCAGGGUCUAACUGUAGAUUAACUCUAUUUUUUGAAGCAGCAAUAACGACCUGUAUUUUUAGUCUGCGGGGAAAUGGAGCUGUGAGGACUUCAAUCUGUGGUAGAUAUUUCCUCUUUUCUUACGAAGCAGUUUUAUUAAACUUGUUUAGAGGCCUUCUGGUAAGGCACCAAGGAGAAAUUCUUCAGAAUAAUAGUAGCUGAAUGGUAAUGUUUUUUUUCUUUCUUCAAAGUAAAGGGAUGGAGAGAUGCUGUGACUCAACCCAGUCCCUAGUUUGGUAAAUGAUGAAUCAGAUAUCAGGCCCUGAGUCUAAGCAUUCAGAGAGCGUGACACAGUUUCAGGGGAGCAGAUUAGCAAGAAGUCAUCUGGAUACUACAAAGCAUCAUAAAUGCAUGUGCCUGUAAUUUUGACAUUGCAGGGUUCAGUUGUAGAGAAUGAAAAGUUUAAAAGCAUGAACCGCACACACUGUUCAGCAUACUGUAUCCUUCCUCAUUUCUCUUGAUACAUUUACUCUGCAGAGACUAAUGGCAGCAUUCGAAAACAAGAACUGAAGAUGUAGUGCUAAACAUGCCCCGCUGUUCUUUGCGCAACUUUGUGCUCUGUCUUAGCAAGUUUGGGAAAAUGUCCUUGUUUUGCGGUUUACUCCCAACUGAACUAGGGAUUGGUUGGAGACACGUGGGGGGUUGGGGGGGCAGGCAGGCAAUCAGUAAAAGAUCACUGUGUAAUUCCUCUUUAAAAUGUUAACAUGCCGUUUAUUGUCAAACCCUUUGUCAUUCGCAGUGAUCCUGCGAUGCUAGAUUGAUCAGUUUCCAGUGAUAUGAGGGUUUUAUUCUGCAAUAACUAGUUCAGGUGUUUCUGUAGUGUAUAAUGUGAGUGCAAAACUGCUCUCCCAACUGCUAUUAAUUGCACAGUUUACUCAGUAUAUAGGAUAGAUUUGUUAAAGGCAGUUGUUAAAUAUAAUUUUUGGCAAAUAUUAUAAAUAUUGUAUAUGCUUGAAAAUUUCCAAUUAAUAUUUUUGAUUAAUGGUACUAAAUAACUUUUAUCCUUGAUUUAGUCUCUAUAUUUUAUGAAGAGAUAUUUAUAUGCUGUGUUAUUUUUCCACUAAUUCACAAUGUUGCACUCUGCUGUAGCUGUAUGAUGACCGUGCUUCUUUUGUGGCACCGUUUGAUAUCGAUUAACAGCAGAUGUAUUUAUUCAGAUAUGCAAAUGUUCUCUAAGAGAGAUCCAGCAGCUGCUGGACGUCCUCUGUGCCUUUUUGUUUGUUUGUUUGUUUUUUGGGAAGAUUGACCAUUUUUGUAACUUUGUUCUAAAUCUGUCGGCUUAUCUUAGUUUUCUAAAAACUGUUGAUUUGUACCAAUUGUGUAAAUUUAGUUAAAUUUGGAGGUACUGCACUGAAGCUUUUUUUUUUUUUUUUUUUUUUUUUUUUUUAUAACAGAAAAUACAGCUCAACUAUGUACCAGUAACCAAUCAUUACAUUAGUUUGCAAAUGAAACUGUGUUCUGACUUUUCUAUGACAUGUUCAUGACAAUAAUACGUCUUUAUCACAGCUAAUUUGAAAGUUUUUGUUGUGGCAUGAAAAUUACCAAGUUGAUAUUCAUGGGGAAAAAAUCCAUCAAUGCAAAAUGAGGAAAACAAAUCUGUUUGCUUCAACCAUUCCCCCCCACAAACACCUGCUGGUUACCAAUGGACAAAAAACUUUGAGUCCUCAAGUAGAAUAAAAAAGAGCUGCGUAAGAGCCAGCGCA